AUGGGUCAUGGAGUUUCAUCGGAUACAACUGGUCAAACAGUAAUCGAGUCGAAUUCAAACGAACACUACCUUGGUCUUGUAAAUUUCGGCAAUACCUGUUAUUGUAAUUCGGUGCUUCAAGCUCUCUAUUUUUGUAAACCGUUUCGAGAACGCGUUUUGCAGUAUCGCUCUACGCAAAAGAACAAGAAAGAAAAUCUUUUGAUAUGUCUAGCCGAUCUAUUUCAUAUGAUCUCGUCUGGAAAACGACGAACAGGUGCAUUACAACCAAAGAAAUUUAUCAACAAAUUACGAAAAGAAAACAGUACAUUCGAUAAUGAUAUGCAACAAGAUGCACAUGAAUUUCUCAAUCACUUGCUGAACACAUGUGCAGAUAUUCUUAUUGCGGAAAAGAAAGAAGAACGAGACAAACAUGAUAAACAAAAACACAAAUCCAAUUCGAUCACAUCAAGUAACAAUCAUACGCAUUUGAACGGUGAUGAACCAUUUAUUCGAACAUCGAUAUACACGAAUGGUGAUACAGCUAAUUCUAAUUCGGUGAUGGAAGAUACGUGGAUCCAUGAUCUUUUUCAAGGAACUCUUGUGUCAACGACCAAGUGUUUGAAUUGUGAAACGGUCAGCAGUAAAGAUGAAAACUUUCUCGAUCUGUCUAUCGACGUGGAAGAAAACACGUCCAUUACAACAUGUCUACGAGUAUUCAGCAACAUCGAAACAUUAUCGGGUGAAUCAAAAUAUUACUGUGAAACAUGUUCAAGUAAACAGGAAGCAACUAAAAGAAUGCGUAUUAAGAAAUUACCGCGCAUAUUAGCACUUCACUUGAAACGUUUUAAAUACUUUGAAGUAUUUAAACAAUAUAAAAAAUUAUCCUAUCGUGUAGUUUUUCCAUUCGAACUUCGGUUAUUAAAUACGUCAGAAGAUUGUACUAAUAAUGAUCGUAUUUAUGAUCUUGUUUCUCUGGUGGUUCAUUGUGGUAUCGGUCCUAACCGAGGACAUUAUAUAGCUGUUGUAAAACGAGAUGGCUCUUGGCUUGUUUUUGAUGAUGAAACCGUUGAUCGACUUGAUCCGUCCAAUUUCGAAGAAUUUUAUGGUGUUUCACAUGAUCUUGGUCGUCAAUCGGAAACAAGUUAUAUCCUAUUCUAUGAAAGUCGAGAUUAUUAG